AUGGUCUCCUCCUCUUCUUCUGCUACAAAUACUUUGAUAAACCUUAUGGCAUUACCAAUAUCAAAGCUUACAUCCCAUUUACUCUCGAUAUUGAGCACGAUUGCAGCUAACAAGAAAGAGUGGGAUCGUGUUGAUGCUCUAGUCAAGAUGUGGAUUUUUGGUACAAUCACCCAAAAUCUCACUCAAUCUGUUCACAAGAAGAAUCAGAAUGCUUAUGAUUUGUGGGACUCCUUGGAAAAUCUUUUUCAUGACAACAAAGAUGCAAGAGAAAUGCAGUUGGACCAGGAACUUUGGAAUAUCACACAAGGUGACUCCACAAUCAAUGCCUAUUGCACCCAGAUUAAAAAUCUUGUUGAUUUACUUGAAAACAUUGAAGUUGUUGUUCCUGAGAAGAAUCUUGUCAACUAUACCAUUAAUGGUCUUAACCCUCGUUUUGAUCAUAUUGCUAGUCCACCACCAUACCCCGUUUCCUACAUUAUUGGAAACACGAUCCAUCUUGGCUCUUGA